GGGAAACCGUGGCGGGCCGUGGCAUGGCGCGGCUGCCGAGAGUGGCGACCCAAGCGCGGCCACUCGAGAUAACAGGACGCCGCCAGGCCCUUGCAUAAAGCACGAGCGGUGCGCCACCGCGGCAGUUCUUCUCGUUGAGUCAACAGAAAAGCUCCAGAAUGAUCGGCUGGACGAUCGCUGCCCUGCUGGCCGGCGUGGGCGUGGCCCUGUACGCCUACCUGGCCAAGGUCUUCUCGUACUGGACCAAGCGCAAGGUGCCGGGCCCCGCGCCAACCUUGCUCACGGGCAACUUCGGCUCCAACCUGAUGGGCCAGAACAGCAUCGGCGACAUCGCCGACAAGGUGUACAAGGACUACCCCAACGAGCCGGUGGCGGGCACCUUCGUCAUGAUGCAGCCCCUGCUGCACCUGCACGACCCCGAGAUCAUCAAGCAGGUGCUCAUCAAGGACUUCCAGGACUUCCACGGCCGCGGCAUCUACGUGGAGACGGAGCGCGACCCCCUGACCGCCCACCUGUUCAACCUGUCGGGCCAGCGCUGGAAGGAGCUGCGCGCCAAGAUCGCGCCCACCUUCUCGCCCAGCAAGGUCAAGUACAUGUUCGAGACCAUGAAGGAGUGCUGCAGCCAGCUGCAGGACUUCGUGGACGAGAAGAUCGCCGCCAACGGCGGCCGCUACAACGCCGACAUCCGUGAGAUGCAGGCCCGCGUGUCCACCGACGUCAUCUCCUCCGUGGCCUUCGGCAUCCAGAGCAACAGCCUCAAGACCCCCGAGUCCGAGUUCCGCCGCAUCGGCACCAAGGUGGUGGAGCCCACCGUCUUCAACAGCGUGCGCCUCAUGGUCCUGUUCUUCCUGCGCGAGGCCGCCCAGAAGUUCAAGUUCUCCAUCACCGUCAACGAGAUCGAGUCCUUCUUCACCAAGCUGGUGACCGACACCGUGGCCUACCGCGAGCAGAACGGCAUCGAGCGCGCCGACAUGCUCAACAUGCUGAUGCAGCUCAAGAACAAGGGCUUCAUCUCCAAGGACGCCAAGGAGGGCGACGAGACCGAGCCCGAGGACGGCCAGCCCCGCGGCAAGCUCACCAUGAACGAGAUGAUCGCCCAGGUCUACAUCUUCUUCAUCGCCGGCUUCGACACCACCUCCGCCACCACCUCCCUCACCAUGUUCGAGCUCACCAAGCACCCCGAGAUCCAGGACAAGAUUGUCGAGGAGGUGCAGGAGGUGCUCAAGCGCCACAACGGCGAGCUCACCUUCGACGCCGUCAGCGAGAUGACCUACCUGGACAAGGUCGUGAGCGAGACCCUGCGCAAGUACCCUCCUCUGCCGUUCCUGAACCGCGAGGUGAUGAAGGCCCGCGAGAUCCCCGGCACCAAGAUCCACGUGGAGAAGGGCACCCGCAUCAUCGUGCCCGUGCGCGCGCUGCACCACGACCCCCAGUACUACCCCGAGCCCGACAAGUUCGACCCCGAGCGCUUCAGCGACGAGGCCAAGGCCAGCCGGCCCUCGCAGGUGUACCUGCCCUUCGGCGACGGCCCCCGCGUCUGCGUGGCCCAGCGCCUGGGCUUGGUGCAGGUCAAGACCUCCGUGGCCAUGCUGCUGUCUCGCUUCCGCAUCGAGCCCAGCGAGGACACCCCCGAGGAGGUCGAGUUCGCCCCCCGCUCCUUCGUGCCCCUGCCCAAGCGCGAGCUCAGGAUGAACCUGCUGCCCAGGAACCCCAUUGCUGCCUGAACAUCUCAACGAGAUUGAUUGCCAUCGGCAGCCACUGAUGAAAAUUAAAACCGUCAUCCACUGCUA